AAGGAGUUGACUGGCAGAACUCGAGUCCAUUUCUCCACUGCUCUCCGAAAUGUGGGCUCUACUGUUUCUACUAACCACCGGAGCAGCUCUAGUGCAGAGCGUGAGCCGUUUUGAACGAGCUUCUGUGAAAGCCUUAUACACAAAAUUCGUCGUUUUCCCAAAGUGUUGCACUAAAUAUGACGGCUACUCUCCCGCGUCUUGUGGCCAAGAAAUCAACAGCGUGGGCUCUAAGAAUGGAACUUUCACAAGCCCGAAUUAUCCUGAUCCUUAUCCAUCAAAUGUCUACUGCAUUUACAAAUUCAUUGGAAAAGCUAAAGAAAGAGUUCAGAUUAGCUUUACUGACUUUGAUCUUCACCUUCCUCAUGAACCUCCAAGAGACAGCUGUGAAGCCGUUGAUGCUGUAAUGAUUUUCAUCACUAUCAAUGGCCGCCGAGAAAGAUUGGAUAAUUUUUGUGGCAAUAAGCUCCCUCCUCAACUGAUGUCUAACGGACCUACAAUGGAAGUUGAAUUUCGAUCAUAUCACUCAUCCCCAGAAGUGAAAGGAUUUCGAGCGAUAUAUCGUUUUGUCACAGAUUUUGGUAUAUCAGCACAAAGCCAAGAUUCUUCCCAAGAAUGCCGAUUCACUUUUCGCAGUGAAGAAAGAGGAAACGGGACUUUUAAUUCGCCGAACUACCCUGGUUUUUACCCUAGGGAUACCGAAUGCCACUACAUAUUUUAUGGCAAAGAUAAAGAAAGAGUACACAUUACCUUCGCUUACUUCGAUGUGGACGGAAUUCCUCCGUGCUUGGGUGAAACUGCUAGUGAUUAUGUAGAGUUCUCCAAUUACAAAACAGUUGACAGAAAACUUGCUCGGCAUUGUGGGAACCAAAGGCCUAAACUCAUUGAAUCCGAUGCUGAUUUCUUCAGAGUCAUUUUCAAGUCCAAUGACAAAUUUGACGCAACAGGAUUUGAAGCAUUUUAUCAAUUUCGGAAGCAAAUCGAUCCUUUUACAGUAAAAAGAGUUUCAAAUGUCCCUAAGGAUCGCAAAUCAGGAGCUGAUUCCCGGUGGUUGAAUUUCAGUUUCCUCUUCAUAUUUACAACGAUUUUGGUGCUUUCAUAAAUAAAGCAAAUAAUUGUGUCAUACAAUAAAAUUUGUAUGCUAUUGAUCGGCGUGCUAUCGAUGUCCAAUGCGUAGUUUGAAAAGAAAAAAAAACUGAGAUUAAAGACUAAAAAUAUCAAAUACUAUGAUCAUGAAAAAACGUUUACAGAAGUGCUGGAUCUCAAUUCAAGCCUCGCUACAUGAAACAAACUUUAUCUAAAAUAUUUAUCAUGGCGAUUGUAAAAAUAUUCGAAAAGCUACAAACUCAGCAUGAUUUCAAGUACCUAGCGAAUAAUUUGUGGUUUAAUCAAAAAGUCUAGAAGUUAUUUGUUCAGAACAACAAGAAUUAAUGUAAGACAAAACUUUCCGAAAAAAAUAUUUAAAAUGAUUAUUAAGAAAACUUGCUGUCAAAUUCCUUUUCCUUUACAUUAGUAAAAUUCGACGUUUUUUAGAUGAAUUUUUAACAAAUUUCUAUUUGUUAACAUGCAAUUAUAAUCAGUAUCGCAAAUUUAUCUUCUUAGUUAUGUACGAUAUUUCAGAAAAAUAUUUCAUCUAAUUUAAUUUUUGAAGAAAAUUAAACUGUUCAUCAGAAUGCCCUAAUCUAAAUGACAUGCUCGAGGUAUUGAAUGUACAUACGAAAAAGAAGCAGAAGCAAGGGAACAAAUUCAACGCACAGAUAUAAAUGUCUUGUAAGAUAAAUAAUUAGAAUCGCAGCGUAAAAUGGUAGUUACACGUAAAAAGCACAUGAUGAAGCUUUUUUAUUCACAUUUUUGCAAUCGAAUGCUAGUAUUUUAUUAUUAUUAUUUUUUCCAUUUUUGGUUUUUCAUUUAUUUAUUCGCAAAUCCCCCCCUCAUCAACAUUUUUUUUCUAUUUUAUUACCAUAAAGUCAUCUCAUUAAUGGUUGCUUCGCAUUUAAAAAGAUAGGACGAAUGUUCUGAAAGGAAAAAAAAUUGUUUUUGAAUUAUGAUAAAAAGUGGAUGAUUUGCUACGGGAUACUAUCAAUUUCCCAUGACACUUUUCCAAUUAUUCUUCCUUAGUGUAAUUUUAACUUUAAAUGCUCUGGCUUUUUGUCUCGAAUAUUUAUAACGAAUGUAUAAUUCAUAUUUUUUUCAAUUUUUUUUUCUAAAAACUGUGGUCUGCUUCGAGAGGACUCUGUGUUUUCUUUCCAUCGCUUAGAUGAAAACUUACAAUUAGAAAGAAACCAUUCAUAUCGCCACUUUUUCUAGAUCUAUUGAAGACUUUCCAUGAUCAGAUAAUUUUACAUAAAUAUUUAAUAAUGAAUCUGUUUUUCAAUAAAUACUUAAUAAUGUUAUCUGUUCCAUUUCCAAGACGGUUUUCAUACUUCGUGAAACCAGCAUUAUCAUUAAUUCUUUUAACUUCUUUCAUAUCUUAACUAUACAUUGAUAAAUAUAUUACAGAUAACCGUGUUUUAGAGAAAACGAAAAAACGCGUGCUUCCUUAUUAUUUUCUGUUACCUCUGGUAACAAUUUAUGAAGCACCAUUCAUAAAGCGGAGUUUUCUUCCUUUUGUUUCAUAAGUCAUAUUUUUUUUAUGAUCUGUUUUAAGAAGCAUUAUUUAAAGGCAUAGCUCAAGAUGAUACUCUUAAUUCAAAGUUUCAGAAUACUAGUUGCUGACUUCCAAAACACCACCUAUGAAAUGAAUGGAAUUAUUCAAUGCUACAGCAAUUUCAUUCAGAAUGCAUAAACUUAAAGGUGCUGGAUUCGGUAAAAUUUUAACGAGGAGAGUAAUAAGAAAAACGUUUUAAGUGCAAUGGUUGAGCUUGUGAAAUCAUUUCAAAAGAAAUAAAUUGAUAUAAUCUGGGUCGGAUUAAUUACAAAAAAAGCAUUUCAAAGCCAAAUAAAAAAAAAAAUUUAAAAACCAGUCUUGGCCAUGUUCCAGUAAAAUGCUGAAGCUCAAAGAAAAAGCACAUGAUAUUUGCAAAAUCAGGCUGAUGUAUGUUGAAUAUAGUGUUUCAUUCAAAUACUCUAUGAAUUCCAUUUAUAUAAAUAUAAAUUUUUCAAAGACACUAUAUUUUUUUUUUUUUGGCUGGGUGACCUCAAAAUAAUUAUUAAUAUAAAUUGAUCUUUUAUAAUACUUCUCUAUAUGUAUAAGUUUUAAUGAAUUACCUGCACUUCACCCUAAUUAGGAUACAUCAUGUAAAUACCGAAAGAAAUUAAUGGUAAAAUUUCCUACAUAUUAAUUGCACUUAACGCGUUGAUGAAAAUUCAUAAAAUUUUAAAUAUUCAUAAAUAUGUUUUUAUUCCGAUAUCUAUUCUGUUUAUCUUGAAACAUGUUGUUGAGCUAUGUCAAAAAUGUACACGUUAGAAUAU